CUGUAUAGCACACCCACACAGACCGGAUGAACUUGACUGAAUGCACAGGAAACGAUCGCAUCUCCUCCCUGCUGCUAUAUUUAUCCAGCAUUCGUACGCUUUAAAUAUCAGUUAAUCGAUAUUUCAGUAGAAAAUACGGAAAUUCGUCGUUUUAAAUUAUAUAUGAGGUAAAAAAAAUUGUGAACCGAUACAAACUCAGGGCAGUUCACUGUAAACAUGUCUGAACCGAGAGUAAAGAGGAUUAAAACCAGCCUGCCUCUCUGCAAAAGUCACGCGUGUGUUGUUGGGAGUCAGACGAGGCAAAACUUUCCGACUGUUGUGGAGGAGAGCUUGUGUGGGGUUUCUAACUUACUUCUGGAAGUUUCUUACAGACUGCAGGCGCUGGCAGAUAUGUUUGAACAAAGUGAUCGUGCUUUAUCCAGAGUAGCAGCAUUUUUUCAUCGGGAAUCUGUGAUGGAACAAGAGCGAGCAGAGGCGAUGAUGCAGUACCUCUGCCAGCGUGGAGGAAACUUGUGCUGCAAGAAUAUUCAGAGGCCAGGCAUCGAACAUGGGUGUGAUGUCCUUUCGGCUCUUAAAAUCCUUCUGAACCAGUGGAAGGAGGAGAUGGCCAUUAUGACGGAGCAAAGUCAACUGGCACUUAACUAUGGAGAUCCACACACUGCCAGCAUAAUCAAAAGUCAGUUUCUUCAGCCCCUUAUCCCAAAGGUCAAGCUUGUGGGUGACCUCUUGACCGAAGCUUGCAGAGCAGGAUGUACCAGUGACAGUGCAGGUGGAUUUGGCGAGUUCCUUUUUGACCAGCUACAGGAGAAGUUACAAGACUGUGGCUAGUGGGUGAGGGGAUGGGGAACAGUUCAGGGGGCCCACAGGUCCCUAAAGUUUUUUUCAAAAAGGGUAAGGGGCCCAAAGCAGUAUGCAGAUAGAGUUUGCACCCAAAUUUCUUUGCAGCGGCACCACAUUUCUGCAAAUGAUUGUCAAACAUUAUUAGCAGUGUUCUGUAGCUCAGUUAGAGCCUUGUGUGUGUAAAUGCAUAAACGUAAAAGCAAAUCGACAGAUAAACUUGUUUUUUGAUAAACUUCAUUGAUGCAGAAGAGAAAAUUAAGGUGCAGUGAGGCGCUCAAGCAGAUGUGAGAGUUGAAUGAACAAGAGGUCACUGCGUUUUUAGAUAGUAGUAGUAGAUUUUUUUAAUAAAGGUUUUUAAACAAUUAUUGGAAGUUGAAUGUUGCAUCGCAGUUUUCAUUAUAGCAGUUUUGUUUUUGUUUGUAUGUUUUUAAUACUGAUAACCAGCAUUUUCUUAUGCAAGAUUCAUAUGCAUAUGUUUCAUUUAGAUUUUAGAUUUAGGCUACUGCUUUUUGUGUAAAAUAUUUUAUCAUAGGAAAAAUAUAUUUUAUACCAUAUAUUUUGCAUAUGAAAAUUGUUGCUUUUCUUGUAAAAUGUUUUACUGAAGGAAAAUAUUGCAUAUAAAAAUGUGAUCAUUAAUAAAUCUUUAAUAUAUGUCUUCA